GGGGCCGCCUCCCCCUGCCGCUGGCACCCCGAGCUUCCUCCCUCGCCAGCCACGACGCCGCCGACUUGUCGUUGCGCGCUGCUCCGCAGAGGAGGCUGCCAAGCUGCAACUAAGUGGAGUUGGCCUCCCUGCCCACCUGUGGAAGGAGCUCGCGCUGAUUGAUGCGCCAUCGGCUUUUUCCCCUUCGGCCUCGCCGGCGUCCCCUCCCACAGAUGCGGCAUCACCCGCUGAAUGUACAUUAGGGUGGUUUUCCCCCCAGCUUCGGGCUUUGUUUGGGUUUGAUUGUGUUUGGCUCUUCGCUAAGCUGAUUUAUGCAGCAGAAGCCCCACCGGCUGGAGAGAAACAAAAGCUCUUUUCUUUGUCCCGGAGCCGGCUGCGGAGCCCUCGCUCCCGUCGCCGUCGAAGGAGGUGCCUCCAGCGUAGCCCGCGGGACCCGCCGCGCCAAGCUGGGAGGGCCACGGGGGCCCUGAGAUGCCGAGCGGGGCCCGGGCCCGCGUACCUGCACCGCUCGCUCCGAACCGCGGGGUCUGCCUGCCGGGCCUGCGGGAAACGUCCUAGCGACCCUCGGCCCGCGGGCCCCGAGGUGCGCCCGGGAGGCGCGAGUGCGCGUCCGGAGAGCAGCCAGGCGGCGGGCGCGGGGCGGGCGCUGUGCAGUAUGUGCGGCUCGGCCCUGGCUUCUUUUACCGCUGCAUUUGUCUGCCUGCAGAGCCGUCGGCGAAGUCCUGCCACCUUCCUCCGGGCGGCCUGGGUGUGCUCACUUGUCUUUGGACUGGGCCAAGGUGAAGACAAUAGAUGCACAUCUUCAAAUGCAGCAUCGUGUGCCAGGUGCCUUGCACUGGGUCCAGAAUGUGGAUGGUGUGUUCAAGAGGAUUUCAUUUCAGGUGGAUCAAGAAGUGAACGUUGUGAUAUUGUUUCCAAUUUAAUAAGCAAAGGCUGCUCAGUUGAUUCGAUAGAAUAUCCGUCUGUGCGUGUAGUUAUACCAAGUGAAAAUGAAACUAAUACCCAGGUGACACCAGGAGAAGUGUCGAUACAGCUGCGUCCAGGAGCUGAAGCUAAUUUUAUAUUGAAAAUUCAUCCUCUGAAGAAAUAUCCUGUAGAUCUUUAUUAUCUGGUUGAUGUCUCAGCAUCAAUGCACAAUAAUAUAGAAAAAUUAAAUUCCGUUGGAAAUGAUUUAUCUAGAAAAAUGGCAUUUUUCUCCCGUGACUUCCGCCUUGGAUUCGGCUCAUAUGUUGAUAAAACCGUUUCACCAUAUAUUAGCAUCCACCCUGAGAGGAUUCAUAAUCAAUGCAGUGACUACAAUUUAGACUGUAUGCCUCCUCAUGGGUACAUUCACGUGCUGUCUUUGACGGAAAACAUCACUGAGUUUGAAAAAGCAGUUCACAGACAGAAGAUCUCUGGAAACAUUGAUACACCAGAAGGAGGUUUUGAUGCCAUGCUUCAGGCAGCUGUCUGUGAGAGUCAUAUUGGAUGGCGAAAAGAAGCUAAAAGACUGCUGCUGGUGAUGACAGAUCAGACAUCUCAUCUUGCUCUUGAUAGCAAAUUGGCAGGCAUUGUGGUUCCCAAUGACGGAAACUGCCAUCUGAAAAACAAUGUCUACGUCAAAUCAACAACCAUGGAACAUCCCUCGCUAGGCCAACUUUCAGAGAAACUAAUAGACAACAACAUUAAUGUCAUUUUUGCAGUUCAAGGAAAGCAAUUUCAUUGGUACAAGGACCUUCUACCCCUCUUGCCAGGCACCAUUGCUGGUGAAAUAGAAUCAAAGGCUGCAAACCUCAAUAAUUUGGUAGUAGAAGCCUAUCAGAAACUCAUUUCAGAAGUGAAAGUUCAGGUGGAAAACCACGUGCAAGGCAUCUAUUUCAAUAUUACCGCCAUCUGUCCAGAUGGAUCCAGAAAGCCAGGCAUGGACGGAUGCAAAAAUGUGACCAGCAAUGAUGAAGUUCUUUUCAAUGUAACAGUUAAAAUGAAAAAAUGUGAGCUCACAAGAGGAAAAAACUAUGCAAUAAUCAAACCUAUUGGUUUCAAUGAAACCACUAAAAUUCACAUACACAGAAACUGCAGCUGUCAGUGUGAGGACAACAGAGGACCUAAAGGGAAGUGUGUAGAUGACACUUUUCUAGAUUCCAAGUGCUUCCAAUGUGAUGAGAAUAAAUGUCAUUUUGAUGAAGAUCAAUUUUCUCCUGAGAACUGCAAGCCACACAAGGAUCAACCUGUUUGCAGUGGUCGAGGUGUUUGCAUUUGUGGAAAAUGUUUAUGUCACAAAAUUAAGCUUGGAAAAGUAUAUGGAAAAUAUUGUGAAAAGGAUGACUUUUCUUGUCCAUAUCACCAUGGAAAUCUGUGUGCUGGGCAUGGAGAGUGUGAAACCGGCAGAUGCCGGUGCUUCAGUGGCUGGGAAGGGGAUCGGUGCCAGUGCCCGUCAGCAUCGGCCCAGCACUGUGUCAAUUCAAAGGGCCAGGUGUGCAGCGGAAGAGGCACGUGUGUGUGUGGCAGGUGUGAGUGCACCGAUCCCAGGAGCAUUGGCCGCUUCUGUGAACACUGUCCCACCUGUCAUACAGCCUGCAAGGAAAACUGGAAUUGUGUGCAAUGCCUUCACCCUCACAAUUUGUCUCAAGCUCUACUUGAUCAGUGUAAAACCUCAUGUACAUUCCUGGAACAGCAUUAUGUUGACCAAACAUCAGAAUGUUUCUCCAGCCCAAGUUAUUUGAGAAUAUUUUUCAUCAUAUUUAUAGUUACAUUCUUGAUCGGGUUGCUUAAAGUCCUUAUCAUUAGACAGGUGAUAUUGCAAUGGAAUAGUAAUAAAAUUAAGUCCUCAUCAGAUUACAGAGUGUCAACCUCCAAAAAGGACAAGUUGAUUCUGCAAAGUGUUUGCCCAAGAGCAGUAACCUACCGGCGUGAGAAACCUGAAGAAAUCAAAAUGGAUAUCAGUAAAUUAAAUGCUCAUGAAACAUUCAGGUGCAACUUCUAAAAAAGAUUUUAAAACACUUUAUGGGAAACUGGAUUUUAAAUAACUGCUCCUAAAAAUUAUAAUUUUAAAAGUCACAAGAGGAGACAAGUGACUCAAGAUCAUGCCAGUUGCUGGUUGUACAUGCAAUCAAAGACUGACACGCAUCCUCAUCAUCAUGUGACUCUCAUAGCUGCUGAUGUUUUCAGAGAAAAAUGUGUCUUACUACUGUUUGAGACUAGUGUCAUUGUAGCACUUUACUGUAAUAUAUAACUUAUUUAGAUCAGCAUAGAAUGUAGUUCAUCUGAAGAGCACUGAUUACACUUUACAGGUACCUGCCAUUCCUUUGCUUCCCAGAGAGAGACAUGCUGUGAGACAGUUUAGAAUUGUGUCACUACAAGGGUACAGUAAUCCCUAUACCAAAUGUGUGGAUGAAAAAACAAUCAUUCGGCAGUUAAUGCUCAUGCUGCCAAACACUCCAACAAUUGGCAGUGAAGAAACAAGAAAAGCUAGAUGGAUAAAUGGUUUUUCAAUUGGUCGAGAGGUGAACAGACAGAACCUUAAUCUUAAGGGAUACUGCUUUUGAAACUGUAUAGUUUUGUGCAUGUAUGUUUCUUCUUUUUACAAGAUGAAUACUAAUUCCAGCAUUCUCUCCUCUUUUCCUUUAUGUUUUGUUUUUCUUCCUUACAGGAUAAGUUUAUAUAUGUCACAGAUGACUGGAUUAAAUAAGUGCUAAGUUACUACUGCCAUGAAAACCUGAUAAUAUAAUGUCACUUUAUUAGAA